CUGGCACGUGUUCAGUUGCCCGCUUUGCUCCGCUCCGACUGGCGGUCCCUCCCGUGGCUGCUGUGUGUGUGUUUGUUUAACUGUAUAAUAAAUAAAACUAGGAAUUUUUAUAAGAUAUUGACAUUAUGUGACGGUGCCAAAUACUAUUUAAUUUCGACGAUUAGUGAAUAAAAAACAUUUAGUAGAGGAUUACAGGCUUAAGGAAAAAUAGAAUAUAGGCAUCAUGUUUAAACUAUCAAGAAAAAGUUUAAAUUUGGCACUCUGCCUCGCGUGGGUGUGCCUGGCAAUCAUGACAGGCCGAACCACCAGCAUCGAAAUCGUAGGAGAAGAGGUGGUGCAGGUAGUGGAAAAUGGUACCGAGGAGUACAUGGUAUUGGACUGCCCUUAUGAGCUCAGCGAGAUGGACAAGCUGGGAUUAGUGAUCAAGUGGUAUCAUACCAAUAACCCUGUCAAUGUAUACCAGUGGAUCCAGGGAAGUGAUCCCCAGGCCAUCGGCAUUCUCGAAGGCCGCGUCGACCUGGACUACGAAGCCAAGGACGAAGACUACCACAGAUACCGAGCUCUCUACAUCAUCAGGCCUACCACAGAACUCUCGGGAGAAUACACCUGUACUGUGUCCUCCUUUGAAGACGAGAAGAAAUACCUGCAGAAGCUUAUUGUUUACAGCAAACCUUCCGAAGUGAACGUGUGGACGGAAAAGCGAGACGACGACACUGUGACUGUCCUUUGUGAGGUCGAUGAGAUUUAUCCCGAACCUGAACUCACCCUCCACAUCGUUGCUGAUUCCGAUAACAAGACGAUACUGGCCGGAGCGAAGGAAGUGAAGUCAUGGUCACAGGGUUCGUACAGCGCCAUGAUCGAACUGGAAAUCGAGGAGGACGACUUAGACGGACCUGUCGAGUUCGUAUGCGAGGUCGCGAUUCCUGACACCGACUUGGUCUUCCCUAACGCGACCAAGUAUGAACCAAUUGCAGAAGUGGAGGAGGUGGAGGAGGAAGUUGCAGAAGUGGAGGGAGGUGGAGAAGGAAGAAGUGAAGGUGGUGGAGGGUGCAGUGAUAUCAGGCGUACCAAGGACUUACUCAGCAUCAGCCACCAUUUUGGGAUUGGCAGCCCUGCUUCUGUGUCUUCUGUAGACCAGACAAUGAUUUCGUUGCAACUGGAUGGAAGCUCUCUUGCCCAGCGAGCCAAUGGAAACAACUAGUCUUUGUUGAAAAAAGAACAGAAAUGAAGGUGUUCUUUAAGGAGCUUUGGAAA